AUGAGGAGUCCAGAGUACCUGCUAAGCAUUCCUUUUUUAACUCAAUUGAAGUCUAGUUAUACUCUGAAUACAAUGUUUGGCCUCUCUGGCUUCAAAUUUACCUAUUUCUCUCUUUUUCUGCCGUUGUCUUCAUUUUCUCUGACCAGUCUUACCCUACGAAUCUCCAGAUCAGUCUACCGCCCAUACCAAUUCUGCACCAUUUUUCACCAUACAAAAUUUCUGGUUCAAAAAAUUUUCCUUUCCGAAUCGGGUCGUGUACAUCCCAAAUACUUGGGCUACAUUUUUACUUACUCAACUUCGGUCGUUGCAUACUGGCAAGCAAGGUUGAAGCAGCUAACUCCACACAUUAUAAGGGAACCUGUUGCUAUUAUUCUAUAUAAUCUGUAUAACAGGCGUCUGAAAUCCUAG